AUGCACUCCCAGGCAAUUUCGCUCGUACUCUUCGCUUUAGUAUCUCUUGCUCUUGCUCUUCCUUCAACCAAACGCGCAUCUGGAGUCACUACUGACCCAUCCCAGGCUAAUGGCCAAUCCUUUGACUACAUUGUCAUUGGUGCCGGCCUUACUGGUACAACCGUCACAGCCCGACUUGCAGAAGACUCUAGCGUAACGGUUCUUCUCAUCGAAGCUGGGGGGGACGAUCGUGGUGAUCCUCGCGUAUAUGAUAUAUAUGCUUACGGUCAGGCUUUCGGCAGUGAAUUGGUUUGGAGCUGGCCAACAGACGGCGGCUUGAAGUCCAUUGCUGGGGGGAAAACAUUGGGCGGAAGUUCUUCGAUAAAUGGCGGUGCCUACACACGUGGCUUGGAUGCACAAUUUGAUGCUUGGUCUUCCCUCUUGGAGGAAGACGAGGCAAGCGCAGAGUGGAGCUGGGAAAGCAUCUUCAGUUACAUGAAAAAGUCAGAAACUUUCUCCCCGCCUAACGAACAACAGUCUGAGAAAGGAGCGCAAUAUAUUGAAGAAUACCACGGAUACGCCGGACCCGUCCAAGUGACAUACCCCGAUCAGAUGUACGUAUCAACCACACCAUUGACGAUCGAUUGGCACCACGGUGAUAAUCGUUCGUCCUCUGUCGAGGCAUACCUUACCCCAGUCGAAGAUGCACGUCCUAACUGGCUCACUCUCGUCGAACAUCAGGUUACUAAAAUCAACUGGGCGAAUGCUGAUAGCAUUCCUUUGACUGCUUCUGGCGUCGAGUUCGCUCCCGCUAGCGGGGGCUCUCCCCGAUACACUGCCUUUGCAAACAGAGAAGUCAUCGUUGCAUGCGGUGCCAUCCAGUCUCCCGCACUCCUUCAACUGUCCGGCAUCGGUGACUCUAAUGUCUUGGGACCUCUUGGGAUCAGUACUUAUAUCGAUCUCAAAACCGUUGGCAAGAAUCUUCAGGAGCAGACGAUGAACUCACUCGGUGUUAUCCGUAAAGACUUUGACACAGGAGGAGAUGGACCCUCCGAUGCCAUCGCAUACCCCAAUAUAUACCAAGUAUUCGGUGGCAAGGCAGCCGACUCUAUUAGCAAGAUUCAAUCCAAUUUGUCUUCUUGGGCCACCAGUCAAGCGGGUUCAGCCUUGAACGCGGAUGCUUUGCAGCAGAUCUACCGCGUACAAGCUGAUUUGAUUAUAAAUAAGAAUGCGCCUAUAGUCGAGUAUUUCUUUGACACAGGUUACCCAGAUUGCGGUGCAUCUGUUUCGACUCUUGGAAUUAAUCAAUGGCAACUGCUCCCAUUUAGUAGAGGAACCGUGCACAUAUCGACCACCAACCCAUUCACUCACCCGACAAUCAACGUAAAUUAUUUCUCUGUUGACUGGGACCUUGAUGUCCAGAUCGCCAGUGCCCGGCUGUCUCGCACGGUUCUUUCCACAGGAGAAUGUCAGCCGGCUGGUGACGUUCCUGACGACGCUGAUCGCGGCAGCGAAGAGGACUGGGCGGCAUGGAUUAGGUGUACUUUCUUCGCGGUGUCUCACCCAAUUGGUACAUUGGCAAUGAUGAAGCGUAGCCUCGGUGGUGUCGUCGAUUCACAGCUGAAGGUGUAUGAUGCAUCAAAUAUCCGGGUCGUCGAUGCUUCAGUCAUGCCUCUGCAAGUUAGCGCUCACCUCGCGGCCAGCUUGUAUGGUGUCGCCGAGAAGGCUGCUGAUCUGAUCAAAGCCUCGUAUCGAGCUUCCUGUGGAGUCUGCCUUGCUAGUGACCAAGUGUUGUUCAACGUCCAAUAG